AUGUCGUGCCUUUCAUCUCAGCCGACAGACGCAACAACCACAAUAACAUCUCGACCCAAACUCACGCUUCAAACCACGUCUCUUCCUCGUACAUUCGGCAGUUCUACAACUGGCCUAUCCUUCUCCUUUGCAGGAGCACCAACUGCAUCCCCAACCGUUCGAAACACCUACAAGAAUGCCUACGAUGUCGCAUCUCCAUCAUCUGCGACCACCUCUCCCUCCAAAGCCACACGAUUCAACACCAAACCGACAUCCCCCUACAUCCACUCAAACAAUAAUAUAUUCACCCGCAAUUCAUACCAACAACCCUUAGGUGUGCGCAGUAUUCUACGCAACUCACCGCUCGAACCCGCAACCAGGCGACGAGGUUCCAUUUCCGCGGGCGGGAAUGGACCCAGCGCAGGCACCCGCCGUGUCUUCUUCCCAGCUAAGAAACAAGUCAGCUACCGAUUUCCACUCGAGGAUGAAAUCAAAACAGAACGCUACACGGCGCAGCACUUAGAUCUCGUGAGGGAGGCAGUGCAACACGAGCUAGACACUAAACCCCCACUUGAAACCCGCCCCGCUGGUUCUAAGCCCGAACAAAAGGAAAAAGAGGAUUCUGAUUCUAGCUUCCCAUCAGAGACAUCUGCAUCUGAUACCAGUGCGGAUGAAACCUCCUGCGAUACGUCCCUCACAAAGACCGAACGCAAGAAAAGGCGUACUAUGCAGAUAGAGCGUCAGGUUCGGGCGGUGGCUUUGCUCGAUGGAUUCGAGGCUGACGGCUCUUCUACACCGCAAACUCCGCGUCAGCCUCGUGCCAAGCGCCGUAGAGAGUGGAAAUGGACUCUGGGUCCAGUGGAUGGCGUCUCAACUAUCGACCGGGAUGAUGUCUUGCCGUCACAAAUCGCGCCUGGGUCGGAGUCUCUGGCUGUGAACUCUGGGCCCGCUCAAUAA